AGCAAACAGCAACGAGAGUGUACGGACUACGGACAUAACACACAACAUACCCCAUCACAUCACGUUCACUGAUUCACACAAACACAACACAACAUUGAACACAGUGAUCGCCGCUGCCGAGUAGAUUGAUACUCACUCACUUAUUCACCAUACAUAACGAGUAUGGCAAGCGAUGGGCGAUCUUGCCGAAUCAAUAGACGAUUUGAUAUGCACAUUUGAAAACGUAACAAACACUACAAUGGAUACAUUAGCAAUGAUUAUAUUUUGUUGGAUAUUAAUUGCAUUAUUUAUAUUAUGGUUAGGUAAAUUUAUAUAUAAUAGAUUCAUAUUAAAAAUUGAUCAAAAGAAUACAUCAGUGUUAAAUAGUACAAGUACAAGUACAUCAGCGACAACAAACUCAGUAACAAGUACAACCCCAAACAAUGUAUCAAGUGAUAAAAUUGAUAGUGCUGUGACAACACCAGGUGAAACGAAAAAAUUAAUUAAAAGUGUUAGUAGUGGUAAAGUGUCCGGAUCUGGUGGUUCAGGUUAUGUGCCACCAACACCACCGGUACGUAAACGUUUGUCACGUCGAUCACCAGGACCUGAAUUAAAUAAAAAACCGCAUGCUAGUAAACCAGCACCAAAGUGUACAGGACCGGAUCCUGUUAGUGUACAAUGGGUGAAUGAUGUAUUUCAGUGGCUUUAUAAUGAUUUUGUUGUUGUCAAUGAAUUGUUACAUGAAUGGAUAUUGUCGUUGAAUGAAUUCUCGAAAAAAUCGGUUACUGAGCAUGGAGUUGGUGUGGAAUUUAUGCGAAUAUUACCAGAAACUGGUCAACCUACGUUAUCCAAUGUAUUUUGUGAAUGUGAUUCUAAAGAUGACGUGACAAUAACAUGUGAUUGCGAUGCAACAGCGGCCUUACAAUUAAAAUGUUUUCGACAAAAAGGUGAAAAAGUAGAAAUAUCUCAUUAUCGUGUAAAUAUAAAUCGUUUUCGUGCAAGAUUAAAUAUUGUGUGUAUUAGUGAAAAAUUAUUAGCUGAUUUAAAAUGUGAUGGUUGGCCAGAAAUUAAAAUUAAUCUUGCAUCUGUUGGUACAAUUAAAAAUAAUUUAGAUGAAACACAAUUACAAGAUGUCCUUACGGAAAUUGUUACGACUGCAAUAAGAAACACCCAACUACAUAUAAAUUUAUCACAAUAUCAAUCAUGUCCACAUCUCACGCGACAUCCGAUCGCACCUGCACAAGUAUAUCCUGUACAUUACGAUGGAAUGACCUCGACAGGACCUCAUAUGACAUCAACGCCAAAUAAUUAUGGAGGAAGUAAUCAUCAACAGUCAACGUUAUAUGGUGAUAAAAGACUUCUAGUCAAAGUAAUUCGUGCCGCACAAUUAAAACCAUCAGAUGAUGGAUCACCUAUUGAACCGUAUUGUGUUGUCGAAAUGGAUGAACCAUUUCAAAAAAAUCAAACAUCGGUUAAGAAAAAUACUGAAAGUCCAAUUUGGGAUGAACACUUUUUAUUCGAUUUAUCAACUAACACAGCUGAAUUAUUAUUUGAAAUAUAUGAUCGUGCAAACAAGACAAAUAGAUUUUUAGGCUUGGGUAUUGUUGGUGUGGAAGAACUAUUAAUUAAUCCGUCCCAAAGACAAAUAAUUUCUCUACAAAAUCGGCCUUAUGAAUCUGACAAUAUUACCGGAACAUUAACUGUUGAAUUCCUUUUUAUUGAGGGUGCCGAUAUUCCUAUAACUGGCAAACCUUAUAAAAUUAAAGAGUCAUUGCGAACAGUUUCACCAACUGGCCAACUAAUAACGACUACCAAAACAACAUUUGAAGGUAUGACUAAUGGCACAGCAGAGUUAACAAAUUCAGCAUUACAAGAGUUGGAACGAAAUAAGCAAGGCAACAAUGCAAAUAAGAGUACAUUGAUCAUACACAGCGUACAACGGCAACCGUACGAGCGGCAAACUGUAAAGGUUGUGCCACAAAAAGAUGGUAGUUUCCAAGAAGUUGAAGAUGAUGAUGUUGUUACUAACGAUGCGCAAGAACAAAAAGUGCCAGAAGAAGAAAAGGCAGGCGAAUUGCAAACAUCAAAUAUGAAUGAUUCAUCUGGUCGAAAUGAUAUGAAUAUGUCAGAAAGUGAUUCAGAACCACGAGGUAGAUCACGGAAAAAGCGAGACUUCUUUGGAACGAUACGAAGACGAUUUGGAAAGUCACAAACACGAUCGAAAAGUGCUGGACGUUCUGAAAAUAAUACGAAUAAUGAUGAUGCCAUAUUAAAUCGAUCUAUUUCAGCAGAUCGUAGUAGACAUUCAAAUGUUGACGAUGGAUAUCGUUUAUCUGUUCCAACAUUAAAUAAAUCUUUAGGGGAAACAAAUAGCCGACGUUCAAGUUUAUCAGAAGCAUCUGGUAUAAGCGGUGCUUCAACUCGAACAUACUUAAAUGAAGCAAGCACAUUAGUACUUGAAACACUUGAAAAUGGUAUUAAAAAACAUUAUUUGGUACCAUUAUCAUUAGCACAAAAAUCAAGAUGGCGUAAAAAAGGCACAAAAUUGCACAUUUUUAAUGACCAUACAUUUAUUGCCAAGCACUUAAAUGGUGGAACAGUGUGCCAAGUUUGUAGUAAAAGCAUAGCUCGAAGAUUAGGAAAACAAGGAUAUGAAUGCAGAGAUUGUUUAAUAAAAUGUCAUAAACAUUGUCAUGUUAAAACAAACGACAAUUGUCCGCAAUCAACAAUCCACAACAUGGAAUUGUCUCUGCUGCCUGUCUUGAGCGAAUAAAAUUCAAGAUUAUUGGAUCCUACAUAACAAGUCCAUACACCGACAAGAAUAUACGGAUGCUUUGAAGUGAAUGAAAAGUUUAGUUCAGCUUACGUUUCCAUUCCAAGUUAAUUUUUCCAAGUUAACUGGAUGAACUUACAUAAUACAAUGUUCCAAUGUUUUUUUUUUUAUAGUUUAGUCCAAUUAUUAUUUUCAAAAUGAUCCGAGCUAUACAACUACGUCAUGGUCUUAGAUAGACUUAACAAAACUAGCGUUUUAAGUAUAGUUAGUGUUUGUAAUGUUCAGGUUUGGAGCGAGGUUAUAUUAACUUGGCUGUGAUGUUAAAAAUUUCAUACAUAAUAGUGAAAUAUAAAAAUACUACAGCUCGAAUAUAAUCAGGUUGUUAUUAGUCUAUCUAAGAUCAUGAACAUUUUUUUUAAAUUCGCUUA